AGCUCCCAGAUGGUUUUAGUGUCACAGACUGUCACAGUGUCGGUGGUGCGGGUAACCUGUCCACCAUGAGACACCGGCACCGCGCGCUCAGCUGCCUCUCCAUCGCGCUGCUCCAGCUGCUGUUACCGCUGCUGCCGCUGCCGCACGGUCCGGGGCGCGUCAUGGCGGCGGAGUUGUCCUCCUCUAAAACCGACCUGGACUACGAGUUCGGGGACUACCGGGGAAAGUGGUGCCUCGACGACCACGGCUUCGUUUACGGACUCGGAGAGGUCUAUUACCCGAGCCCCACGGCGUGUCCGUGCACGUGCACCGCGGACGGUCCCUUGUGCGUCCGACCCAAGUGUCCCCGUCUCCACCCCCGGUGCACGCGGAUGAGGUAUAAGGCGUGCUGUCCGGUGUGCGAGGCUGUGGCCCGGGUGUGUGUCUACGGGGGAAGAACGUACCGGCUCCUAGAGGAGUUCAGGUUGUCGAGGUGUGAACGAUGUCGCUGCGAGGCCAACAGAGAGGUGUACUGCAGCAUUUCAGACUGCCCCGCCCCUCACUGUGUCAACCCCACCUACGAACCCAACCACUGCUGCCCCAUCUGCAACGCUGGUCCCAACUGCUUUGCCGGGAACAGGGUGAUCCCAGCGGGGGAGCGUGUCAACAUUGAUGAGAGGACGGUAUGCUACUGCAGCUACCGGGACGGGACGUGGCACACCCAUCCCCAGGCCACCUGCGAGCAGCGCCCCCAGCCCAGCCCGACCGCCGGCGCCCGCACCGAGCCCCCCGGAGACGAGGGGUCCAGGGGGAGAGAGGGGAGGCCGUUUAUUCCCAGGCUGGAUGUGAUACCAUGAAGCCGAGUGUGAAAUAAAUGUCUCAUGGUGACAGAGGUACAAAUAAACUUCAGCUAUAUCGAUUAGCAUCAGGUUUGCUAUACCGGGCUGCAAUGUAACAUUACGUUUAAUGAGACUAUCUGAGACGUGUAGGGUAACCUGCUGUGUGGUUGGUGUCGAGAGGAAAGAAGGAACACAUUUUCAUAUUUCUAACAUUUUGUUUUGUUUAAUUUCUCCUGUCAAUAUUUGUUUCAAAUGUGAAAAGUAAUGUGAAAAGAAAGAAUUUGCAUGAAAAUGUAAUUUUCUCACAGAGAAUGAAUUUCACAUUAACCUUAACUACCCUUCAGUUACUGAUGCUAUGCCCGUCAAACUUUCCACUCUGGCACGGCACACACGCAGUUUUCGAUGAUAACAGUGGCUUCUCAAUCAAUUUCGCCACCAUUAAAUGAAACUGUCCUAGCAGAUUUUAUCAUCUGUAGCCAGCUAGCUGAUCGUUCAUGUCCCGUGUUCACAAUGUUCCGUCACAUUUGCGCUGUAAAAACGUAGCAAAUUUUAA